GACUUCUCUGACGUCCCACCAUUGUCCCCCCCACCCCACCACUCCCUUCCUUGCUCUCUUACCUUUGCUUUCCCAUAAUUAAACAUCAAAUACCCUCCACCUCCCUCUCCCUUCCCCUUUGUCCAUUUCCCUUUUUUCUUUGUUUUUUAGUACUAAUCCUCUUUCUUUUCUUUCCUAACUCCCUUGCUUUCUCAUUCUCUCUCUUUCUCUCUCUUUUCAGCUCAGCUUACCUGCCUCCAUUUGUUUCUCUCUGCCAACAAACCUCAAAAACACUACUACAACUGUUUUUGUCUUCGGAUGAUCAUAAUAGCUAACAGCCCUAAUAUGAUCAGCAAAUUAACCCCUUCACUUCCAACUUAUGUCUGCUAAUUCACAAGCAGUUUGAAUGGAGCCUAUGAACCCAGUUUCACUUCUUGAUCUUCAUCAUGGAAUAGCUCCAAAGAUGUUUGGAAGUAUACUGCUUAAGAAGUCUUCUUAAGUUUAGCUUUAAGCCUGCUAAACCUCUCCAAUACCUCCUCAAAUUCAUCUUGGCAAAGCAUAGGUUACGAGCCUUGGGAUACUUCUAACUUAUCGCUGACGUGUUACUUAGAGGUAUUUCAGGACAACCAUUUCUGUCAUGCCAAUUGUUCUUUGCUCCUAUUACUGCAGGAUAGUCUUCACUUAUCGUCCAUUAACCUGGUUGGAUCUGUUUGUUUCCUGUUUCAAAUGCAAACAGUCUAAUAAUUAGUUCACUUAUUAGUCUACGACCAAAAAUCAUGAAAGCAACCUUUGACCUUGAAGUGGAGGCAUCCUUAGCCAAUGAUUCUGAUGUCAGCAGCCAAGUUGCUUCCAAUGUAUCGAUCCAAGAAACAUCUGCUGGAUCAUCCAAUGAGAGCCUCACUAAUUCUUCCCAUCUUGCAAAUCUGACAACAGCUCAACCAGGAUUGGAGCAGGUUUGCCUCGACUUAACUCUUCAAUUCAAUAAUGAGGAUUUCGGGGGAAGAGACUCAAUUGGACUCUCGUUGUCAAGCACAAGCGAGAGCAGCAAUGAACCAUCAUCCCACAACACUGCAGCAGCCAUACCAAGAGUUUUUUCAUGCAAUUACUGUCAGCGAAAAUUCUUCAGCUCUCAAGCACUUGGUGGUCACCAAAAUGCACAUAAGAGAGAAAGGACACUAGCAAAACGCGCUAUGCGAAUGAGUAUUUUCUCGGAGAAGUAUGCAGGGCUUGCAUCUCUGCCUAUUCAUGGAUCAUCAUUCAGGUCCUUAGGAAUCAAAGCGCACUCUUCAGUGCACGAUGGGAUAGCACCGCUGGUUAGGCCUUCUGAUAUUAGAACUAGUGCAAGAUUUGAACAGGGUUAUCUUGGUGUACCAAUAUUCUUGGAGGAUGAUGAGGCAGAACUAUUAUGGCCUGGCAGUUUUCGUCAGGUUGCUGAGACGAAUAGUACCAAUACUCUACCUGGUUUUGUACUGACCGGUAGUUCAAACUUAAAUUUUGUAGAGGUCACACCAACUGCGGACAUAGACGACUCUACACCAGAUCUUACGCUGAAACUUUGACAAGGUUAGUUUGCUUGGUUUUUGGAUCUGGCUAUGGCACUUUUGGCCAACUUGUUGUUCUCUUUCUGUACAGUGAUGAGAUACACAUGAGCCAAGGCUGCAAGCUGUUAUUCUUACAUUGUUGUAUUGUUCUCUGCCUUUCUUUUUCGUCAUGUAAUCCUGACUCUAAUUUGGUGCUUGUUUUUAUGAUUGUCAUUGUAUAAGAGCUCUAUCUCUCUGGAUUAUAUUGGAGCCCUUUGCUUAUUUUUGUGACACAAAUCAUGUUUCUAGUUUAAUUUGCAGUACUAAAAUAGUCCAUGUUGAAUA